AUGGCAGCACCCACAAGAACCAGCUACACCUUGAUUCCUAACCAGAAAUAUCGACGUAGCUCUCGUCAUUCCAGAAAACUUAGUAACACCCAGGACACAGAUUCUCCAUCACUGUCAACACUUGGAAGCUUUAAAAUACUUCCCUUAGAAAUAUUUCAGAUGGUUUUAGAGUAUUUGUCAGUGAAGAAUAUCAGCAUCUUAAGCAUGGUAUCAAAGACUAUCAGCCACCGCCUUAUUAAUUACAUCUCAACUCCUACAGGAAACAGAAGGUUUCUGCGGCAGGACUUUCAUAACACUGAGUUAUCUGGCUGUAGAAAAGAACCCUCUAUCCUACAACACUACAGAUCAUUAGGAUUGUUGUUAAAAAGAUGUACCUUACUGUUGCCCACAAAAGAGAGACUAAAGUACAUACACAAGAUACUUUCAGAAAUUUCCUGUUUUAAGCUUAGUGGUUGCUCAGAUCCUUUGCACUGUUCAGGACUACAAUGUUACGGAGUGUUUUUACAGACCUUAACAGCUGGUUGGGAUGAAUUAGAAUGUCAUCGAGUUUACAAUUUCCUCUGUGACCUGAGCAGUUUAUCCCGAAGAAUGCAGACAGUAGUCAGCAGCAAACCUGGAAGUGUCAGAAAAUUGGAGCUGAGGAUAAGGAUAUUUUGUCGCAAUGUCCUCUUAAACCAUUGGAUCCAUCGAAGUGAUUCAGCAUUUUGGCUGACACGUAUUUUAAAGCCAUGGCCAAUGGUGAAUCAAGCCCGGCUACUAUAUAUAAUAUUUGGGCCUGCCUCUACUCUGGAUGGACAUGUGGUUUGGCCAAAAAUGAUAGAAAGUCCAACAGAUGAAACCAGUUUGAAAGGGCUAGCAGAUGCAAUUAAAGUACUGUAUGAUGCAGAAGCAAAGGAGUGGACAGCAGAUGAUGUAAUCAGUCUGGUGGAUGAACUCACAGUGGUUCCCCAUGAAUGGCUUCUGGAAAACAGUGCUCGGCUCCUUAUCUUGUGUGGGAACAAUAUCUGCUUCACUUUUAUGGCCAGUAAAGCUGUGAAUGGUCGAGCUAUUGAACUGGCAAGGCUGGUGGUAUUCCUGGCUUUGGUAUGUGAGAAGGACCUCUAUUGUAUGGACUGGGCUGUAAAAAUGAUGCAGAAAGUCUGCAAGGCAUUUAGUACUCCAAGUGAAAGAAGCAAUUUCCUACAAAGUGUGGAGAAUGCCUUUGCACACAUCAUCAUGGAUGCGCUGCAGUUGGUGAUAUCUGGGGAGCAUGAUGAGGAAGAUAGCAGCUUUCUAAACCUGUUUCAUCUGGUGAAUGCACAAGCAAAUUUUCAUAAGGAAAUCCUUUACCUGACCAUGACUAACAGCAUGUAA